AUGCGUCAUGGAGAGUACCAGAUGGUCCAAUCAGCUAUUUUAACAAACGCCAAAAAGAAAUCCCUUUGUGAGUUCCUGAAGAUGGCGACCGCUCUGCUGGUGUCGGCUUCAGUUCCUACAAAUCCUGAAAAGGAAAAAUGUGUGGUGAUGAUUCAAAAGGUUCUGAGUCCUGAAGCUUACAUCAAGCAUCCAUUACAAAACAGGUGGGCUCUUUGGUUUUUCAAGAACGACAAAAGCAAAACAUGGCAAGCCAACCUGCGCCUCAUCUCCAAGUUCGACACGGUGGAAGAUUUCUGGGCAUUAUACAAUCACAUUCAGCUGUCCAGUAACCUGAUGUCUGGCUGUGACUACUCGCUGUUCAAGGAUGGCAUCGAGCCCAUGUGGGAGGAUGACCGCAAUCGACGAGGUGGUCGCUGGCUGAUAACGCUCUCCAAGCAGCAACGCAGAGCAGACCUGGACCGGUUCUGGUUGGAGACGCUCCUGUGCCUCGUGGGCGAAGCCUUUGAUGACUCCAGUGACGACGUGUGUGGCGCCGUCAUCAACGUCCGGGCCAAAGGAGAUAAGAUAGCGGUAUGGACCACGGACUUCGAGAACAAAGAGGCCAUCACACACAUAGGGCGAGUGUACAAAGACAGAUUAGGAGUCCCGCCAAAAGUGGUCAUCGGGUACCAGUCACAUGCAGACACGGCCACCAAGAGCGGCUCCUCCACCAAGAACAAGUUUGUUGCCUGAGGACAGACGACCGCCAUCAUCGUCUUCAUUCUUCUUCUUCUGUUUAAAACUUCUCUAGUUUUUUUCUUCUCUGUGAAUGUGACCGCCGCGUUCGUCCACAGAGACACAUCUGGAGCGUCCAUCUCGCCGUCUUUGUUGCCACGUUACCAAAGCCUUUGUUUACCAUUAAGGGGAGAUUCGUGCCGUUACACAUGAAGCACAUUUUGUUGUUGUUGUUGUUGUUGUUGUUGUUUGUGUUGCCGGGCUGAAGAAGGGUGUAAAAAAAAAAAAAAAAAAAAAAAGUAUUCUGAUGUCGAGAUUUGAUUUCAGCCGCGCUUGAAUAUAUUUAUGGAGACUUUGUUCUUUUUCUCCGUCCCUCAGUGUGAAGUGUUUAAUUUAGAAAAAUAAAAAGAGGAAGACGAUGAAACUGAGUCAAAGACACGACACCUCUGGUUACGACCUGUAGCGUUUAGUUUCAUCAUCACGAAGAGUAACUCAGCGGACUUCCUCCGAGUUAUUGUGAAAUCAAAUCAAAGAAAUUCAACGUGAACGUGCAGAUUUAAAAUCCUUUGACAUGUCGGUGCUGCCGUCUCUCAGUUCGACUAACCAUUUAAAACCUCCUGCAUUGCUGUUAGAGCAGCUGGUGCUACAUUUAAGACGAGAUCCUCCGGUCGCCUCUUUGCUCAACGUUUGGUGCUACGCUAAUCAAAUGUCGCACCUCAUAUUUUGCACUUGAACGACAUCUGUAUGUGACACUACACGGCUCGUACGUGUCAGCUGACUUCUCCCUGACACCUGCAUCUCUAGACUCGGACGAUGUCAGUAGGAACAUGAUUUUUUUUAUCACUCUAUAUUUUUGGAAAGGAUGAUUUCCCCCCCGUUCUGCGGAGUGCACGAGCCGGACGUUGGGUGUAGUGUUGACUUUAAAAACGGUACGAGUGCAUGUGAGAUUUGUUUAUUUGGUGCUCUUUAAAUUAUGUUUACAUUUUGUUUCCACAACGACUCUGUGAGGAGGGAUCGAACCGUGCCUUGACUCUGACUUCCUGCCAUUUUUUUGUCUUUCAGCAGUAAUUUGUAAUCAGAAGUUCUGUAAAUAAAAAAUGUACAGUGGCGAGUAUUAUUAUUA